GCUCAGGGUCCUUCAGGUGGAGGUGACAUUCAGUAGAAGACGGUGGAGUGGUUUGUGUCGACCAUCGUCUUAAAAUGGCACAGGCAGUGCAAAAGCUGGUCGCUAAAGUACCAACUUUGGUUGGCGCCGCUGUCACCUACUCCAAACCUCGGCUAGCAACCUUCUGGCAUUACGCUCGUGUUGAACUUGUUCCACCGAGUCCAGCCGAGAUCCCCAAGGCCAUCGAGGGCGCAACCAACAUCAUCAAGGGUUUCCAGACUGGACGACUGGGACAAACAACAGUGAAGGAUGCUUUGAGGAAUGGUCUGGUGGCUACUGAAGUCCUGAUGUGGUUUUACAUUGGAGAGUGUAUUGGAAAGGGAGGAAUUAUUGGCUAUGCUGUCUGAACCUUUGGACUGUGAUCAUUUUUCUUUUCCUCUUGAGCGUUGUGUGCGCUACAUCCUGCAAAAUGUCUGGGAACAAUAAACAGAUGUCUAUUAUUACA